UUCAUUGUCACUACUAAUAAAAAGCUAACAAUCUUUUACUAUUAAAAAUUGAUUCUUGGGCUGCGUUCCACACCACAUUCCCCUCUAUUUGCAAUUCCAUUCUCCUCUUCUUUCUUUCUUAACACCUUUUUCACCUUCCAUUUUCCUUCUACUAUCUCUCCUUCAAAAUUCCAUGGGUGCAUGUUUGAGUAAGAAGAAAGGGUCUUCUUCUACAGCAACCAAGUCAGCUUCUUCCACAGCACAUGUUGCUGUGCCUGAGCUGAAGAACAAUCCUCCUUCUGUUAGUGGUGUCACUGUUUCCAAACCCAAAGUGGAAACUGAAACUGCCCCAGAAGUGAAACUGAACAAGGACAAUUCUAAGAAAGUGGAAGAGAAGCAUGAGACAGUGCCAGAACCUGAAGGGCAUGUGAAAAAGGAGAUAUUCAUCAUCAAGCACAGGAAGAGCCAUGAUGAUAGAGAGAGAAACUCCAAUUCCAAAUCCCCAUCUUUCACUGAGGAAUCAAUGGCUGAUAAAACUGCCCCAACACCAUCCACAAACAUGGGUGUUGUAGGAGUGAGGACUUCAAGCUGCACCAAAGAAGAGGUGGAUGCAAUUCUCAUCCAGUGUGGGAGACUCAGCAGAAGCUCUUCAGGGAAUGCUGCUGCUGCUGCUUCUGGUGAACACAGAAGAAGGUACUCAGGCUCAAAGAGAAGCUAUGAUUUUGACCACUGUGACAAUGACACCGUUUCCAAUGAUGAUGACUCAAAGAAGGCCAAUGCCAAUGAGAGCAACAGUGAUCUGUGUGAGGAGGAGAGGCACCAGCAACGGCCACGGCAACGCCAGUCUCCGAGCCGAAGGCCUUCUUCUUCUCAGGAAAGGAGAAGAAGAACACCAAGCAGGGAAAGGGAACAGCAGCAAAGGUCAAGCAGCAGGGAGAGGAGAGUGAGUAGAUCUCCUGGAAGAAGGUCAUCAGAGAACACCACACCUUCCAAUGCAAGAAACAACAAUUGCAGCAACACUAGUUCUAGGCCUGGGAAGAUGGUUUCUGUUCCUGCCACUGUUUCAUCACUGGUGAUGGAUAAGAGUAACAAUAAUGGCGGUGGUGGCGGUGGUGGAGAAUCUGGAGCAACCACUGGCAUCAAGAGGAUCACAGUGAAGAGAAAUGUGGGUGCUGCCUCGCCGCGGUCGCAGUCGCCAGCAAGAGCAAAUGGGAAUGCUGCAAGUGGUAAUAAAGCUUUCAAUGAGAAUCAGCAGCAGCCAUCCCUUAGCCGCAGCAAUUCAAGGAAAGCAGAACAAUCACCUUACAAAAGAAAUCCAUUGAGUGAGAUUGAACCUAACUCCCUUGCUUUUCCACAUUCAACAGCCAAUAAUAGCAGCAGCAAGGUGCAAAACAGACCCAAAAAGGAAUUUGAAACAGAAGCUAAUCAGAAAACAAACGGCAGCAGAACUGCAUUGGACAAGGGAAUGAAUGUAAAUUGCAAGACAAAGGUGCAACAAGAGGAAGAUGUGAAAGUGCAGUCUUCAAUUACUGAUAAUGUUGUUGUGAAAACAAUGGUACCACCAGGAGUUGACAACCUAAAACCACCCUAUACAUUAACAAGAAGCAGAUCUUCGAGGCAAUCGCGGGACUUAGACCUCAACCCUGAAGCUCUAUUGAAUCCUCCACAGUCCUAUGCUUCACUGCUGCUUGAAGACAUCCAGAAUUUCCAUCAGAAGAACACACCACCUGUUUCUCUCCCAGCAUGUGUCACCAAAGCUUGCUCUAUCCUCGAAGCUGUUGCUGAUCUCAACUCUAACGCCGGCUUAAAUUUCUGCGGUGCAGAAGACAGGAGAAGUCCACUGGCUUUUCAGUGUAGCAGGAAUGACUACAAUGUUUCAUUGACUACCCACGAUUAUGGAAAAAGGGAGCCAGAUGCCGAGGACCCGGUUGUAGAAUCAAUGUUAUUAUUCAAUGAUGAUGAUGUGAUGGAACAAAGCUUGCACAAGUAUGUGACAGUGAAUAGGGGUGGUUUGCUUGGUGGGGUGGACAUGGAUGACCAAGAGUCUUCGGGAAGCAACAGCUUCACUGUCAGUAGUGGUCAACAGCACUGGGGUGUUUCUUCUUCAUCAUGGGAACCAAGUUCUGUUGAAUCAAAAGAUUGCUGGACUUCAAGAUCGAACUACUCCAAAGAGGAAGGCCAGAAAUUGGGCUUGGAAGGGAGGGUGGCAUCUGAAGCGGGGCUUGACGCAGGUGGAGCCAAGAAGAAAUUGAACAGCCAAAGGAGAGAGUGUGAUCAUCAUCAGCAUGGGAGUGGAAUAGGGCGUGGCAGGCUUGGCGCCAAUAAAGUUCUUCACAACAGACCUGUUGUUACAGCAGCUGCAUCCACAUAGAUGUUGCUUUGUUGAAUGGAUUCUCCUUCUUGUAUCUUAAAUACUCCAUGAGUUUAACUGCUUCUGUUUGGAGUUGCACACUUUGCAACCAGUUCUCAUUCAAUUAAGAUCCAUAUUAACAAUACUUGCCACUUCUCUUCACUUUUA